AUGGGAAUAAGUAUUAUUUUUACAGCCCCUCAAAAUUUUGAAGAUUCCCAGUAUCCACUCUUGGGGCCAAAUUUGAAAGGCCUCUUUACAUUUGGACUACUGCAACAAAUAUAUUGGGAAGGAAAUAAGUAUCGAAUAUUUUUUUUGAAUUUGAUUCACGUUAGUUCUAUGAUUUUCGUUAUAACUCAACUAGUUGAUUUAUAUUUUACGAGAAAUGAUUUUGAUAAAGCGCUUUUAAAUAUGUCUAUAACAGUUUUAAGUUUUGUUUCAAUUUGUAAAACGAUAUCUUGCCUUGUAUUACAAUCUCGUUUAGUAAGUCUCAUAAAGGCAAUAUCUAAAGAAGAAAUUGCUGCUAUUAAGGAACAACAAAAUUUUGUGAUGAAAUUAAUGAAAAAUUAUACGAAAUACGUAAGGUUCAUAACAAAUUUGUACUGGACAGUUGUGUUAAUAACAAACAUUGUAACCAUUCUCUCACCAUUAUUAAAGUAUCUGUCUACUUCAUCCUACCGAGAAGAUAUAAAAAACGAUACAGAGCCGUACCCACAAAUUUUAAGUUCGUGGUUUCCCUUCAACAACUUAAAAAUGCCCGGAUAUAUAUUUGCAACUGCAAUACACGUUAUAAUGAUCACACAAGGGGCCGGCGUGAUUGCUGUAUACGAUGCCAAUGCGUUCGCAAUAAUGACUUAUCUAAAGGGUCAAUUUAUAAUUUUACGCGAAAAAUGUCGACGAAUUUUCGGCGGCGACGAAGUUAUUCUGACUAAGAUAGAAGUUCAAGCAAGAAUCAAAGAAUGUCACAGGCAUCACAAUUUCUUAUUAAAACAAUGUUCAGCAUUCGACAAAAUUAUCUCGCCUGUUAUGUUCAUAUAUGUACUUGUUUGUUCUAUCACCAUCUGUUGCAGUGUAGUACAACUCAGUCUGGAAAGUGUGUCAACAACUCAGAAACUUUGGGUACUUGAGUACUCCUCGGCUCUUGCUAUACAACUAUUUUUAUUUUGUUGGCAUAGUAAUGAGAUGACUGUGGAGAGUGAUAGAACAGACCGUGGCGUAUAUGAAAGCAAUUGGUGGAAAGCAAAUUUGCAGGAACGUAAACAACUGGUACUAUUAGCAGGGAAAUUGGCCCGACCGCUCGUAAUGAAUGCCGGGCCAUUCACAGCUCUAUCUGUGCAAACGUUUGUUGACAUUAUGACGAGAACAUAUAGCUUCUACACAUUAUUUACGCAGAUGCAAGAAAAAGAUAUAAAUGCAAAUAAUUAG